AUGUUAAAAGAUAUUUCAAAGCAACGUGUACACAAAAGAAGAUCAAGACCUCUGAACGAUUUAAGUUACGAGUUAACAAACUUCAAGUGUCCACAGUGCGGCAAAUUGUACAAAGCGAAGACAACACUUCUGACCCACAUGAAACUCGAGUGUGGCGGCCAGAAAAUAAUUUCCUGCAGCAUUUGUCCUACCAAAUUUUCACAAACCAUUGAAUUGCGUCGACAUAUUAAGCAUCUGCACAGUAUUUACCUCCCGCCUAAAUUUCUUGUUUUCCAGCGCAAUCCAGAGGAUUUUGUUGUUCUACUUGCGGAAAGUGCUACAGAUUGA